AUGUUAAGAGCUGCGUUCACUAGAUUUAGAGCCAAUCUUGGCGGCAUUGGUCGCAAACAAAUUAAUAUCGAUGACUAUAAUGUUGUCAAGGAAGGGUCUGCCAAGAUUCUCUUUGAGAAGGAAGAAACUGUGUUUUACAAUCCAAUUCAACAGUUCAAUAGGGAUCUGAGUGUCACAUGUAUCAAGGCAUGGGAUAACCUAUACGGAUCCCGUAAGGGAAAGGGGAAGACAUCUUUAAAGAAGGUUGAAGAAAAUGAUAACGGUGAGCCAGUUGCAAAGAGACAAAAAAUCGAAAGAAAACCAUAUAUAAAAAUUCUAGAAGCAUUAUCUGCGACUGGUCUUCGUGCAAUUAGAUAUGCUCAUGAGAUUCCUCACGUUAAAGAGAUUGUAGCAAACGAUUUGUUACCUGCUGCUGUGGAAUCCAUUGAACGUAACAUUGAAUAUAAUGGUGUCACAGAUAAAUGUAGAGCAAAUUUAGAUGAUGCAAAUGUAUUGAUGUAUCGUAAUAAAUCAGAAAAUAAAACAUAUAAUGUUAUUGACUUGGAUCCAUAUGGUACAGUGACACCAUUCGUUGAUGCCGCAAUGCAAUCCAUUGAAGAUAAUGGUCUUAUGUUAGUAACAUGUACCGAUUUGUCUGUACUUGCUGGUAAUGGUUACCCAGAGAAAUGUUUUGCCCUGUAUGGUGGUGUCAAUAUGGUCGGUCAUGAAUCUACUCACGAGAGUGCAUUAAGAUUGGUGUUGAACCUGUUAAGUCAAACUGCAGCCAAAUAUAAGAAGACUGUGGAACCAUUAUUAAGUUUAAGUAUUGAUUUUUAUGUUCGUGUGUUCAUUAGAGUCAAGACCGCCCCAAUCGAAGUAAAAAAUUUACAGUCAAAGACUAUGAUUACAUACCAUUGUUCUCAAUGUGGAUCCUACCAUAAUCAACCUUUGGGACGUAUCACAGAACGUGAAGGUAAAAAGAAUCCAUCGAAGAUUCAAUUGAAAUAUAGUGUUGCUCAAGGCCCACCAGUAAAUCGUAAAUGUGAAUUCUGUGGCGGAACAUUCCAUUUAGCAGGACCAAUGUAUGGUGGUCCAUUACAUAACCAUGAAUUUAUCAAGGAAGUCCUGAGGAUCAAUCGUGAGGAACAUGGUGAUGAGAUCUAUGGGACAAGGAAACGUAUUGAAGGUAUGCUAACGUUAGCAUCAAAUGAGAUCGCAGAGGCCCCAUUCUAUUUCAGUCCGAAUCACGUGGCAUCCAUAUUGAAAUUACAGGUUCCUGCGUUGAAGACUGUAGUGGCUGGACUUGGUUCAUUAGGUUAUGAUUGUUCUCUGACACACGCUCAACCUUCUACUUUAAAGAGUAAUGCACCAUGGGGUGCUAUAUGGUAUGUCAUGAGAGAAUGCGAUACUAAUAAAGAUUUAAAACAGAAAUUAAGUAAGAUGAAGAGUGGAACACCAGGUUAUAAAAUUUUAAUGAAUUUAGAUGAAUGGUUAAAGACUCAAACAAUGUUUGACCAAGAUAAAUUAUCAUUUGAACAAAAUGAACAAAGUGGUACAGUUGAAAAAUUAAGAAAAUUGAAAAUUGUUAGAUAUCAAGAAAAUCCAACUAAAAACUGGGGACCAAAGGCUAGACCUAAAUAA